UUCGGGGUCAUUUGUUGUUGUCAUACGCGAUACCCGGAAGUGAAAAUGGCAGUUCCAAGUCUCGAUUUACGACUGAAAAAAGUCAACAAAAUCUACCAUGAGGGGGAGGUUGUGGCUGGUGUAGUUGUCAUCCAGAGUAAGAGUGACAUUCAGCACCAGGGUGUCACACUGACCAUGGACGGAACAGUCAACUUGCAACUCAGUGCAAAGAGUGUGGGACUGUUCGAGGCAUUUUAUAACUCAUUGAAGCCCAUUCCACUGUUGAACGUUACGCUUGAGGUUGCCAAGCCAGGUCGACUGCCGUCAGGCAAGACUGAGAUCCCUUUUGAAAUCCCACUCAAGACAAAACAGGGAAAAAAAUUAUAUGAGACAUACCAUGGUGUGUUUGUAAAUAUACAGUACCUCCUGAAAGUGGACAUGAAGCGUUCAUUACUCAACAAAGAUGUUCAGAAGCAGUGUGAAUUUAUUGUCGAGUAUAAGGAAAAUGAAGAAAAGGCUGUAUGUAAACCAAUGAAUUUCACCAUCAGCCCUGAUACGUUACAGAAUGUCAAAGAGAAACACAACGUGCCAACCUUCAAAUUAUCUGGGAAGUUAGACUCAACAGUUUGCUGCAUUUCAAAGCCAUUAUCCGGAGAGCUUACUGUGGUCCAGAGUGAAGCACCUAUCAAAUCCAUAGAACUUCAGUUAGUGAGAGUAGAGACAUGUGGCUGUGCAGAAGGAUAUGCUAAAGAUGCUACAGAAAUUCAGAAUAUCCAGAUAGCAGAUGGCGAUGUGUGCCGUGGGAUCACUAUUCCAAUAUACAUGGUGUUUCCAAGGCUGUUUACAUGUCCGACCUUGUACACAAAUAAUUUUAAGAUAGAAUUCGAGGUCAACAUUGUCACAGUGUUUUACGACGAUCACCUGGUCACAGAAAACUUCCCAAUCAAACUCACGCGCUUUUGAUUCGAGGAAUCCAUUAUUGAAUCAACACAGAUAAUGACUUUUAUAGGGUUGCUCUGAACCAAGAGUUCCCUCACCAAAAAAACUCAUCUGUCUGUGAAUCUUUGCCAGACAGUUUUUGAAGUGAUAAUACCAAUUAUUCUUGGAUGCCAGACCUGUCUUUAAGGGCUCAGAAGCACAAUAGGUAUUGUGCAGUACCUUUUGUCAGGUACUGUGAAAGUUUUCACAUCGAGGCAGAACAAAUCAAACCAAGGUGCUCUUAGCAAUUUGUUAGUGGUGUUUCUAAUACAUGAUGUUCAUAUAGUCAUCAAAAUAUAGUAGACAUCAGGAAGAA